AUCACUUCAUCAUAUUUAUAUAUAAUAUGUUCGCAUAUGCACAUCUAACUUUGCAAUUUUAGAAGGGCAAUUCAUUUCAACUCUAUCAUUCCCAGAAUGAAGAUUAAGAAAAAGGCACAUCUCAACAACACCGCUGAAUACAUUGAACACAAGAGAAAGAAAAAAUGGAUUGAUGAGAAGUUUAGUUGUAAUUGCUUCACGUUGUACCCAAGAUCUCUCUUUGUCACUUGGGGUACUCGUGUUGAAUACUGGGAUUGGAAAUGUUUCAAAGAAACAAGCGAUGAAAACGUGGAGGUAGCGAAACUGAAAGCCGUGUGCUGGCUGGAUGUGAGAGGAAAGUUCAACAUGUCUGAGCUCUCUCCAGGAAUUGUUUAUGAGGUUAUUUAUGUAAUUAAGUUGACAAAUGGGGCAAGUGGUUGGGAGCUCCCGAUUGUACUCAGGUUGUCCCUCCCUGGAAAACUCCAAGAACGCCAAGUUAGCCUUUUGGAGAAGCCCAAAGGAGAAUGGUUAGAGCUCAAUGUUGGCAACUUUCAAACACAAGAUUGUGAAAAUGGAGAGGUGUGCUUUGAUCUUUAUGAACAUGGUGGGCAUUGGAAACAUGGACUUAUUAUCCAAUGUGCAAUUAUUAGGCCCAAAACUUCGACCAAUUAUAUUAUUGUAUAAUGCAUCCAUCUGGUUUCAUUUAGUUUUAGGUUAGUAACUUAAUGUUAUAUCAUCACAUGCUUAAAUAAUUGUAUUUUUAAGGGUCUGUUUGAUCGGACUAAUUAUGGUAUAAGAUUGAAAUUAUUAGUUUAUGGUACUCAUAGUCCAAUA